GAUGUUGCAUAUAGAGUGGGCGGAGUGCGGGAUAAAACCUUAUAUAUGCGUUGUGCUCUCAAGAUUAGCUUACAAUUGACAAACACAUAGUAGGAACUUAUUAAACGGUGGGUUGGAGCAACGGCGUGAACGCUGGCGCCUCACGGCUAGUAACGGGGAGUCAUCUGUUGCAUGACCACCUUGAGGUGAUCAGAUCAGAGGUGAUAAAUAAUUGAUUUAAAGGAGCCACUGCACUGAUUUAGGCACCAAGCUGGACUCCAUCAUCUGACCAUUCGAAAACAUGGUGCAAAACAAAAUCACAGAGGUCACAGGAUUCCAUCGCUCCUUCAAGGGGCAAAAUCCUUUCAAGACUGAUGAAUUCAUAGAUUCAGAAUCCUCCUUCAAGUUAGACCUCUCGUCAAGGCCUGUCAUGCCAUCCAGCAAGCCCAUUGAUAUCCCUGAUGCCAAGAAAAGAAAUAAGAAGAAAAAAAGAUGCAGAGCCACUGACAGUUUCUCUGGACGUUUUGAAGAUGUUUACAAACUGCAAAAUGAGGUUCUUGGAGAAGGGGCUUAUGCCGUUGUACAGACCUGCAUCAAUCUGAUCACCAAUAAAGACUAUGCAGUUAAGAUAAUUGAGAAGAGGCCGGGCCACAGUCGGAGCCGUGUCUUCAGGGAGGUGGAAAUGCUCUACCAGUGUCAGGGCCACAGAAACAUUUUGGAACUGGUGGAAUACUUUGAGGAAGAGGACAAAUUUUAUUUGGUCUUUGAAAAACUGAGAGGCGGUUCUAUAUUGACUCACAUACACCGAAGACAACACUUCAAUGAGCAGGAAGCCAGCAUAGUGGUGCAGGACAUCGCCAGUGCUCUGGACUUCCUCCAUAACAAAGGGAUGGCGCAUCGAGACCUAAAGCCAGAGAACAUCCUCUGUGAGCAUAGUGACAGGAUUUCUCCAGUGAAGAUCUGUGAUUUUGAUUUGGGUAGUGGGAUCAAACUGAAUAGUGACAGCUCUCCCAUCUCCACCCCUGAACUUUUGACUCCGUGUGGCUCAGCUGAAUACAUGGCCCCUGAGGUGGUGGAAGCCUUUAAUGAAGAAGCUAGCAUCUACGAUAAGCGCUGUGACCUGUGGAGCCUCGGCGUCAUCCUCUACAUCAUGCUGAGUGGAUACCCGCCCUUUGUGGGUCGCUGUGGAACAGACUGCGGUUGGGAUUGGGGAGAGCCCUGCCAAGCCUGCCAGAGCAUGCUGUUUGAGAGUAUUCAGGAAGGCAAAUAUGAGUUUCCUGAGAAGGACUGGGCACACAUAUCCCCUGCAGCCAAAGACCUCAUCACCAAGCUGUUGGUACGGGAUGCCAAAGACCGCCUCAGUGCCGCUCAAGUGCUGCAGCACCCAUGGGUUAAAGGGUGUGCACCAAACGCUGUGUCUGCGUCCAUACUACAUCAGAGGGGCGGUAGUGCUCAGGACCUGACGUUCUUUGCAGGGCAGGCCGUAGCCAUGAACCGGCAGCUGGCUGAGAGGGAAGAGAGCGAGGAGCAGCAGCAGCUAGACAAGGAGCUUUCCUCCCCCCAUCUCCUCUCCAGCAGCUCUGGCUCCAUGCUGCUGUCCCCUCCCUCCAGGUCCAAGCUGGCCUGCCGCAGGAAGACCGCAGGCAGCCAGCACCGAGGGCCGGUGUGUGCUUCUGAACUGCGCCAGCUCCUCGCUCCACUUGUGAUCGUGGGCGACUGUGCCUGAUCUUUACCACCUUCUCCAGCCUCUGGUCAUCCCUGAUGAACUUUAUCAGAAUCUUCAACUAGGCAGUGUGUUGACCUCUGACCUCUCUGCCCAAUUACUUUGUCGGAAGGACUCUCAUGUAGCACUUGAAGCACCUCAAAGGCCCUGUUCAGUUUUGAUUCGAUAAAAAGGCUGUUGUGGCUGGAAAAAGACUUGUUGACGUCUGAAAGUCCCUAGAAUCUGUCAAUAUAACAAAAUGUUUACGAAAAGCACGAGCAUCAAAGGACACAAGCUGCUUCCAUUCAUCUAAAGCUGGACCCCACAUAAGCCAUUUAAUUUCGAAGCAUCAGAAAAAACUCUUUUGCUGUUUGCGUACACGGGACCCCCAGCAACUGAAUAAUUUGUACUUAUGCAGACUUAUUUUUUUCUUCACAAAGUCACACAGUGAUAGUGAUGGCAGACUGUGAAUAUGUAUGGGACUUAAGUGUUGCUGGGACUGUUGCUGGGACUUAAGUGGCAAAUUAAUUUAUCAUUCAUUCAAGUUAUUCAGGGCAGAAAUUGCAGCCAUGUUGUGCAGGGUUCUCUAUCCUUAAUUUAUUUAUCAAGGACCUCAUUUACAAAUUUCAGUCCACUGUGUUACUGUAAAAACACUUGUUUUCUGCCAAAAGCAAAUCUGAGCAGUGUUUUCAGUAGAAACCUCAGGAUCUCUCUCUGAAUGAACAACCAAAGCAGAUUUUAAAGCUGAAACCCAUUUUACGUUAGUUCAUUAAUUGGUGUUUUACAUGUCCUGUCCUUGCACUGGAAAGUUUAGCUUCUUUCAGGGAGGCAGCACAAUUUCUGUACUUGGCCUCUCAGGAAAACAGGAAUUGGUUGCACAAUCAUAUUUCCACCCCCUUUUUGUUUCCUCCCCUUUUGACCUGAAAUGUCAUGCCAUGCCAUGGGGGUUUUGAGGAAUUGACAGAGGUGCAUUUUCAAGGCUCUACAGCAAAUUCUGAGAAAGUCUCUAGCAUUUGUAUUUCCAGCUCCGUUCACCAUUCAUUCAUUCAGUUAGUCAUUGAACAUUUCGUGAACACACGGGCUCUGUCAAUGACUCCAUUCACUGUUUGAAUAAAGGUGAUUUAUUCCAUGAAGACCUUAAGUCCUCUGUUAGCCUCCUUUUUGUGCUUGUAGACAGACAUCUGAGAGAAAGGUGAAGCUCAGAUAUACAGGAAACCUCCAGACACCAAUGUGCUGUGCUGCUAUAUUAUUAUUAUUUUUUUUAUUCCCCCCUUUUAUUUUUUUAUGUUAGGAAGGGAGAUUUUCAUCUUCCUUUUUUUUUUUUUAAGUGUUUGUCUAUUUGUUUUUAAAAGUUGUUGAAGUUGUAUUAUGAGAAAAUGAGCCCCCCCCCCUUUUUUUUUUCCCAAUAAGUGCCAAUUUACAGAUCAAAGGCUGGCUGUUGUCUAUAAUGACUGUAGACACUUUAAUGUUUGAUUUGGUUUUUCUCAUAUAUAAUGUCACAAGCAAAUAUGCCGAUCAACCAGGAACAAAACCAAGUGCUCCUACUCACUCUGAGUGAAGCAAAGCCUAUAAUUGAGGGGUUUUUUUUUUUUUUUUUUUCUCCCUUUUUCUCUUCCUUAUGGAAACCACAUUGGAAGAUGGAAUAUGCUGAGUUUAGUCUUCCUUCUGAGAAAGACCUCAUUUUUGUUUUUGUUUUUAUUUUAUUUGGCAUUGCAUUUUCAUAGAUGCCCCCUCUACACUCAUUUUAUGGACCACUGGUGUAGCUUUCGUGUUUUUCAUGUAUUUCAUGUAUUUUCAUGUGGUUGUACCUUUUUUUUUGUUUUGCAUCUGACCCAGGGGGGCCAAAAUAAAAAAAAAAAAAAAAAAAAAAAACAUGGAAAAAUGUUCAACUACAGUUGUUACUUUUAUUUAUCUGAUUCUUUUUUUUUUUUUUUUUUUUUGUAAAAGCA